CCCAUUCAAAGGCACUUAAAUAUUUUGUCUUGCCCAUUCACCCUCUGAAUGACACGCACACACAAGCCAUGUCUCAAGGCUCAAAAAUCUCCUACCUUUCAGCUGCACUGAUUGAAGUGGAUUUUACAAGUGACAUCAAUAAGUGAUCGUAGCUUUCACCUGGAUUCACCUGGUCCGUUUGUCAUGGAAAGAGCAGGUGUUCCUAAUGUCUACUAUGGUAAUGUCAACUAACUACAUUUACAAAUUACAAUUUAGUCUUUUAGCAGACAUUCUUAUCCAGAGUGACUUACAGUAGAGUUCAUACAUUUUUGUCGUUUUUCGUACCGGUCCCCUGUGGAAUUCGAACCCACAAACCCUGGCGUUGCAAGCGCCGUGCUCUACAACUAAGCCAAACUGGUCCCUGCAAACGGCUCUCUCUCCUCUCAGCUCUAGGCGAAGAUGGCUUUGCGCGUUGUCCUCUGGAAGCUCUGAUCUGGGCUGCGAGGAAGUAAAUGGAGCAGAUCCUCAGUUACCGCCCUGACAUCCUGUGUCUUCAGGAAGGGGACCACUACUACGACACCUUCCAGCCCAUCCUGGCCAGCCUGGGCUAACACAGCACCUUCCUGCCCAAGCCCUGGUCCCCCUGCCUGGAUGUGGCCAGCAACAACGGCCCUAACGUCUGUGCUCUCUUCUACCGCCGCUCAUGAUUCAGCCUCCUCCACACCUCCCACCUGCAUCUCUCAUCCAUGAUGCUGCCUACCAAUCAGGUGGCCGUCGUGCAAACGCUGUGUUGCCGGGCGACAGGCCAGAGGCUGUGCAUGGCCGUGACCCACCUGAGGAACGGCUGGGAGAGGCUGAGGGGUGCCCGGGAGGGGCAGACCUGCUGCAGAGCCUGAAGGCUAUCACCUCGCAGCCGGCUGGCUUAGAGCCAGUCGGUACGAGAGCUGGGGGAGGGAGUGGGACAGUGGGGGUGCCUCUGAUAGUGUCUUUAACGCUGAAGCCCUCGGAGGACAUGUACAGGCUUUUUAUCUCCUCCACCCUGGGUCUGGACUCAGCCUAUAAGCUGCUGUGUGCAGAUGGGCAGACGGAGCCGGUCUUCAUUACCUGGAAGAUCCGUCCCUCAGGGGAGAGCUGCAGUACCCUGGACUACACCUGGUAGUCUCACGGUGCUUUCACUGUGGAUACCCUGCUGGACAUACCCACUGAGGAAGAGCUAGGACCUGACUGCCUGCCCCUCAAACCACUACCCCUCCGACCACCUCUCACUGCUCUGUGAUGUCAGCUUCAGGGAGCAACCCCAUAGGCUGAUGUAGGCUGCCUAUCACAGAGGUAUCAGCCAGUAGAGUCACAGUUCAGAACAAUGAAGGAAAAGUGACUGGAUGGGUUUGUGUUACAAGAGAACUGAAUUCUUAUUUUACUUGACCUGGUGGGGAGAUUAGAUUUUAGACUUGACACCGGGGAGUAGUUGUUUUUUGUAUAUAUUAAAAACCAGCACUUGCAGAAACAUGACUAACUCCAGGGGAAAAAAGUUUCUGGCACAGGUGUGAUGUUAUCCCUCUUGAUUAUUUCUUUAUGUAAAGGGAGAAACUGAAGAAUAGGAUAACAUCAAUCCCGGGGAUAAUUAUGUAACUCUGCUAUUUUCAGUGCUGUGGCAGCUAGAUGGCCAGUGAGUACAGAAUAAAUACAUGUCCUGUGUAUUUAUUUUAGUGUUUGAUACUUUGUGUAGCUAGUUAUGUUAAUAUUCUGUAUCACCUUCGCCCAGGCUGAAUAAAUGCUUGAGCAUCAACAUUCAGUCAAAUGACUUUUGGGAAUAAAUGCUCACACCUCACUUCUAAAGCCUUUUGCUGGCCAUUUAGUCUAUGAAUAGCAACGAUCAGAAACACUGCCAUGUAGUGUUGACCAGGGGUUCUCAAGUGCUGUGUUUAGACACACAGCCCAAU